AAUGCUUUAUAAAACUUAGCACGAGUUUGUUUAUUUGCAACACUGGUUUGGCAUCAGUAUUACCAACCUUUAAAUUGAACUCCGAAAGAUUCACAAGCAAAAUUGACAUUUGUCAAAAGCCGAAAAAGCGGCCAUAUAAAAAAAAGGGGCUGUUUAACUUUAAAGUCGGGCUCGAUUAUUGAAACGUAGCUAUUUAGGAAGGGAAGUAUACAAGCAUGGCUGAGUAUCUGGCGUCCAUUUUCGGCACCGAAAAGGAUAAAGUAAAUUGUUCAUUUUACUUCAAAAUCGGUGCAUGCCGCCAUGGCGACCGUUGUUCACGUAUUCAUAAUAAGCCAACGUUUUCGCAAACCGUGCUACUCCAAAAUCUUUAUGUAAAUCCCCAAAACUCUGCCAAGUCGGCCGAUGGGUCACAUUUAGUAGCGAAUGUUUCGGAUGAAGAAAUGCAGGAACAUUAUGAUAACUUCUUUGAAGAUGUUUUUGUAGAGUGUGAAGAUAAGUAUGGCGAAAUCGAAGAGAUGAAUGUUUGCGAUAAUUUAGGAGAUCACCUAGUUGGUAACGUCUACAUUAAAUUCCGUCAUGAACAAGAUGCUGAAAAGGCGGCGAAUGAUUUGAAUAAUCGUUGGUUCGGCGGGAGACCGGUUUAUUCAGAGUUAUCACCUGUUACUGACUUCCGCGAAGCUUGUUGCCGUCAAUAUGAAAUGGGCGAAUGUACACGUUCCGGAUUUUGCAAUUUCAUGCAUUUGAAACCUAUUUCAAGAGAACUGCGAAGAUAUCUUUACUCUCGUCGGCGACGAUCACGUUCCCGUUCACGGUCCCCACGUCGUCGUCGUUCUCGUUCACGCGAUCGACGCCGUUCAAGAAGCCGGGAAGGUCGCGGUAUCGGUGGCGGUAGUGGUGACGGUCGAAAAGGACGCUAUUGAAUGAGAAAUGCAUAAAUUUUGUUGUAAUGGUUUUAGAUUUCGAAGUGGCGCGAAGCUGCUUGUAUCAUCCAGAUGAUAUUCUCUUUUUUCACUAUGUAUUCAGUCAAAUUAAUCUAAUAAAACGCCGAUUUCUUAGAACUAA